CUUGUUAAAAAGCAUGUUGGGAUAUUUUGUUUUCGUCGCCAUUUUGGAUGGUGACUCUGGGUAGGUUUCAUCUGUCACUGUCAGACCAGCAGCUAGGCGUUCAGACCGAGUAGAAGCCGUGUGAUAAAUAUAAGAUUAACAGCAUGAAUUCUUGACAAUUGUUACAACCCAGGCACUGUGUUAACACAAGAAGACACCAGAAAUGGCGACAACGAAGGAUUCAAAACAACAGAAACGGAAGCAGCUUAAGCUGAAGGCGGUGCCGCAAAAAACGAAGUUGUUUCGCGCUAGCGAGCCACUUCUUAGUGUGUUCAUGUGGGGCAUUAAUCACACAAUUAAUACUUUGAACCAUGUCAGUAUACCAGUAAUGCUGAUGCCUGAUGACUUCAAGGCCUUCAGCAAAGUUCAUGUGGAUUACCACAAAUUCAACAAAGAAUCAAUGCCAAGUCACUUCAAGUUCAAAGAAUACUGCCCGAUUGUGUUCAGAAAUCUGAGGGAACGGUUUGGAAUUGACGACCUUGAUUAUAUGAAUUCCUUGACCAAGCAUCCAGAGGAUAUAGAUUCUCCCGGGAGAAGUGGUGCAAGAAUGAUGACGUCUCAUGAUAAAAAAUACUUCAUUAAAACGCUAGUCAGUGAGGAAGUUGAGCAGCUUCAUCUAAUUCUAAAACAAUAUCAUCAGUUCAUUGUGGAAAAUCAUGCCAAGACAUUGCUGCCGCAGUACCUGGGAAUGUAUCGCAUCACUGUAAACGAUACCGAGACGUAUGUUGUCGUGAUGAGAUGCGUGUUCAGCCCUCGACUUCAUAUACACAAGAAAUACGAUCUUAAGGGGUCAACAGUAGACAGAUCAGCUAGUGAUAAAGAGAAGGCCAAGGAUUUGCCCACUUAUAAGGACAAUGACUUUCUCAGUGAUGGAGCUUGUAUUAGCAUUGGGACCGAGAGCAAAGAUAAGCUAAUGACCAUGCUUAAACAAGACGUAGAGUUUCUGGCCAGUUUACACCUGAUGGACUAUAGCCUCAUCGUGGGCAUCCACGACUGUGAACGAGCGGAGCAGGAUGUGGUGUAUUUCGCCACUGCCGAAAACAACACCAUGGAGGACAACGACUCUGAGAACGGACUGGAGGAUGAUGAAUGCUUUGGCCCUGGGGGUGUGCCCACUCCGCCUGACAGUCCCCAGCCAGCACCAUACAUGCCAUUCAGUGGAGAGUUAGACAGUGAGAUGGAGAGAUACGGUUUUAAAUCUAGUCCAGAGUGUCCAAGAAGAGAAAUUUAUUUUCUGGCAAUGAUUGACAUUUUAACAAAGUAUGGUGUAAAAAAACGAACUGCAACAGCCGCCAAGACUGUGAAACACGGUGCGGGGGCGGAAUUUUCUACAAUACGACACGACCAGUACGCAAAGAGAUUCCUGGAUUUCAUCAACAAGUGCAUAGAGUGAUAAGAGCAGAUACUACUAGUACGUCUUCUAACAUAUACAGAAGUUUAUUACUGAUGUGGCCAAAUAUGUGAAAUGAUGUUGGAGAAGAUUGUGUUCUAUUGCAUUACAAUGUCAUGAAGAAGGAGAUUUUGUUGACAAUGUGGGAAGCAACGUUAAAAUCCCACAGCUCACCAUUGUCGAGUUUUCCCAUCUCGUAUUUGUUCUGAAAAUGUAAACGCGUUCUCACAGCAAUGCUGAGGUGUUCAUUUCAUUGUUCAGGAACUUUUAUACUGCACACACACACACCCCUCCUCAGAGAUGAGGACUAAGAAAAAUUUGGAAUUACCUUGUCUGUCUGUCUGAAGACAUUUUUUUGUUUGUCCAGAUGAUGUCUUUAAAACCAUUGUCAGAUUAUUCAGAGUCUGUGAAAUACAUGUAGAUAGAAUUUGGAAUGAUGAAAAUUGUUAUAAUUAAGUAAAAACAUAAUUUAACAGUUUAUAUUGUCUCGUGGAGCUAUGUUGUUUUGGACAGAUCAGAUGUAAUUUUGAUGAACAAAUGAAUGUAUCAAUAUUUGUAGUAAGAUAUGUAUGUGUUGUUAGAUGGUAAAAGUCUGUUUUGGGGGAUCACUGUUUACAUGGACAUCAGUGAGGAGUUACAGAUGUGGACAAUUUUAGGUACUGUAUAAGCAGAGAUUUUGGCCAGGAUUUAAGUUUGGCAUUAUUAGCAAGGAUGUUGAGGUCACUCACAAUUUAUUCCAAAUCGGAGGUAACAGAUACCUUUUUUUGUAAUUAUAAAGUUGCUAAAGUUAGCUCUCGCUAAAUAUAUAUACCCAUUUUGAUGGUAAAAUUUGUGUUUUGGUAAAAAUUUCACUUAAUCGGUAUACUGACUAUCUACAUACAGAAUGAAAAGUUGCUUUAAGAGGUAUUUAUUUUCCCCAGAACUAUAUUCAUAUGACAAUGAAAUAUAAGCAGUUUUAGUUUAGCAUAUUUGAGAGGAAUCACUAGUAAUUGUAAUGAUUUGAUGCCAGGGUUUGUAGCAAUUUAUCAAUGUAAGAUUUGUCUACCCUGUUGUUGGGACAAUCUUCCUUAAACCUGGGGUAUUGCAUUCUGCAUGAAGGAUGAAUACCAUACAGAACUGUCAUAGAUGAAAUGCAUAGGGCAUGUGUAAUACUGUUGUAGUCUUGGAAAUUUUGCUUAAGUUUUUAUAUUUGAAAUUUGCUGGAAUUGGCUUAACAAUAAGUUGCAAAUUUUAGUGUAAAAUUAUAAAGUAAAACAUUUGGGUGGGGGAGGGGUUGAACACAGCAUUUACGCUAAUUCACUGAGAAAACCAGAAAAACUACAGAAGUUUAAAAGGACGAAGAAUAUAAUUUCGAUUUUAUUUUUGCAUCUUUGUCGUGUUAAUGUUUUUAAAAAAAUUCACGAUCUGUUAUUCCUCCUAAACAAGGAAAAUCCAAUCUCCCAAGCAUUGCAGUCAUAUUAAGGUAGAGGUCCAGGUGCGUAUGGUGCAUUCAUAUCUCGGUAUUCUGAAUUGUGCUCUACCAUAGGGAACUACAAAACCAUACCAAGUAUAAUGACAUCUUAAUAUAAUCCAGUGUAGAUCUGUUGUUAAGUUUGUAGAGCAGCUUCUUUCUACUAGAUAUAGAGGAGGAAUUGGAAAAUGUCGUGCAACAGGUGUAAAACAGUACACCAUGAUAUUCAGAAAGUGUAAUGAAAGAAAGGAAAACUGUGUAUCUGUAUUUAUAAAAACUAUAGAUGUCAGAGAAAUCACCAUAUGAUAGACAUACAGUAGAGGAACUCUUGAGAAAAUACCAGCAUAGGAGUUAUUGCCCUUGACAACAUAUUUGUUUUAUUAUUUAUGGAAAACACAAAGUUAUUCACUCUCAAUAGUUUACCAGAUUUUUUUCAUUUUAUCCAGUGAAUAUAAUUCCCCCAAAAGAUAUAUUUCUAUCAUGCAUAGUUUUUUGAAAUAAAGAUUUUGCAAAAGCCUUUGAUGUCACAUGAAGGUGGGGUUACCUUUAUAUCAAAUGAAAUGUACAUGUAAGAUGCAGUCAGUUACUUUCUACAUGAUGAAAGCUUUAUGCAUAUUUAUAUUAGACUUCAGAGCAUAAUACUUUUCAUAGGGUAUGUAUUCUCAUUUCAUUUAGAUUUGAAUGCAGGAUUUUUAAAUUUGACCAGAAAGUUUCAAGACAAUGAAACGGAUUAAACAAUUUGAAAUUGAAUUUUGUCAAAAAAUGAUUCUGGGCGUCAUCCUUGGGAAGUACACAAAUAGUGCUAGGAUUGCAAUAUGUAUACUUGUAUAACAAGCACAUUGUUUUGAUUUGAAUGUUGUUAUUACUAUUAUUAUAUAUAUAUAUACAAGGUAUUUGUCUCAGCAGAUUUGAUGCAUUAGAAUAUGUUUGUGAUAUGUUCAGUGAGUUCUGCAGAACCUGAUAUUGAAAUGACCUUGUUCGAUUAAUAUUUCUUAUAUUCAAGUAAUUUGAGAUUAUCUGGGCACAAUCAUGAAAUGUAUUCCACAAAUAUUUCGUAUUUGAAGUGCAUCCAUUAAUUUCUAGUCUUUUUCCCACAGUUCAAAAUUUACAGCAUUCUUUUUGAGCGAUUAUUUGCAUGUAAUGAAAAAAAAAAAUUGUAGCCUUUUUAUUAGCUCCAUAAAAGUUACUAUAUUAUUCUACACGCAUAAUUAAUCGGAAUAUGAUUCCAAUUAAAAUAUAUACAUGUAUAUCAAAUUCUUCACUGCACAGUCUGGAGGAGUGGAGAGGAAAAUACGUUGCACAUUUGCUAAUCAAUUGUUUCACAUGGGGGGGGGGGGGGGGUCACAUUUAGCUCCUUUGAACAAAUUGAACCUGAAUUCUUUAUGUCUGUGUUAAAGGUAACUAUUGGUAACAUGCAAUGCCUAUAUGUGAGGUUCAUUAUUCUAAAUGAUUAGCAUUUACAAUGAUGCCAGUUUGAAUCCCAGUAUGGUCUUUAAAUUUUACUUGUUUUUCCACGGACAAGUAAUUCCAUUUGAUAGUCCCAUCCCGGGGAGGUGUGAUUUUCUCUCAUUGCUUAUCACCAUGGAAACCUGGCUCCCUGACCAUCAAAUGAGGGUAGACUUCAUUCCAAUAUAAAAGUUUGUUAGUAUCACAUUCUUUGGCUUGUUCACUAUCACACAAAUACGUUAUUGACAUUUUCGAAUCUUUUGAAAUCUGAUGUCGGCAUAAAUUUAUUGACUUUUUAAGUAUUAAUAUUUUUUGUGUGGAUGAGACUAAUUUUGAAAAUUUUACUGAAGACAAUAGAAGUCUGUUCUCACUUUAUGGAGGCAGGAGUAAGCACUGGCCUUGUUAAUUGUUAAUUAUUAAUUAGGGAGGAAUUUGAUUUCUGUACUUCUUGUAUAGUUGAUGUGUAAUGUACGGUGGCCAAUCUGUUAUCACAAUGCUGUCCAGUUUAUGCACAUGCUAUUUAUCUGUUGUAACUUGAUAUCAUUGUGAGUGUGUGUGUUUAUAUAUAUAUAUAUAUAUAUAUAUAUAUAUAUAUAUAUAUAUAUAUACAUAUAUAUAUAUAUAUAUAUGUAUGUAUGUAUGUAUACCAUAUAAGCAAAAUUUUAAGGGAGGAUUUCAUUUCAACAUUACUAGUGACAGUGUUGAGAUUGCUAAAAUUGAACAUUGCUAAUAUUUAUUCCAUAUCUGUGGUAAUAGCUAUCUUUCUUGGAAUUAUAAAGUCACUAAAAUGAGCUCUCAUUAAACAUAUAUAUACCCAUGAUUAUGGAAAAAAUGCUAAAUCUGUGUCUCGUGAAGAAUACCAUUUAAAGGGUAUAUACACAUAUAUGUGCAAUGUUCCCCAGCAUUGCUCUACUCUCCUAUCAGUUUCUUAGUCCCAUCAUUAGGGGUAUACAAAUAGUAUUCAUUGACCAGCAUAAUCAUCCUCUACAUAUUUUCUCAGCAUAAAUGUAUACUUAUAAAGCCUGUUUCUUGGAGAUUUUUACGUUUCCGAGGUCAAAAGUCAGAGAGUAUAUUGUGUUUUGCCUGUUUGUCCGUCUACAACUUUAAAACCUUGACAUUUGGACUUUAUUUUUGGUGUGUGUGGGAGUUACCAGGCCACAACAUACGUUUAGUAGAGUUGUUAAUAUAAAUAGCAAUUGUGUCUUCCCCAAGAGCCUCAUGGUAUAAACUGGGGUCAGGUGUCGGUAGGCAGUGGUCAACUAAAGUACUCUCACUGCUAAAUGCCCCAGAGUAUGUGUGCUGCAGAGAUCUGAAUGUGUGGCACUUCACCUAAUGAGUGUGAUUCUCUGGUGAAGUUGAAAUUUCUCAGAGACAUAAAACUCCAGUCAAUCAAUUACACUUGCUGAACUGAAAGGUCAAAUCUGUGACUGAUAAAGGUUAAGGUGAUUUGUGUGAAGGUCAGAUUUGCUGCAGCUGUACUUGUUCAACCUUGGAGGGGGUUAACAACUUUUCUAACACAUUUAGUUCUAAUACAAGUAAUUGGUGAAACAGUGGCUGUAAAUCAGAUAUACCCAGACAAUAAAAUGGACUCAGUAUUUUAUAAUCAUAUUUAUGUGGUGAAUUUUACAGUAUUAUAUGCAAUACACUUAAUUUCGAGGUAAUUGUCUACAUAUACAAUACCUAUGUAUGUUUACUUGUAUAAAAAAAAAGUGCCAUCUCUAUUUCUACGAAGAAAGACUGCAAGAAAUUAUAGGACCUUGUAAUCCGUCUGUUGUAAGCCAUGUCCUGUGGUUCUGAAAGAUCUGGAUUAGACUGAGAAGUAGAAGUGUGUACAUUGUUCUAAAAUCAUACAGUAAAACAGUACAAAGGGAAAUUUUAGCAAAAUUUAUUGGUUUCUUGUGAAUUACUUAUCAGUAUAGCCCUCCAUUUCAAAUAUAGUGAUUAGGCCUUCCUUUGUUACUGUAAAAGUGGUUAUUUCUGCGUGGUGGAAAUUUACACUAAAUACACGGCCAUAUAUUAAACAUGUAAAUUUCCCCUGUGCGUAUAGAUAUUUGAUGUAAUAUAUAUUAUAUUCAGUCGCUGCAUAUUCCCUCCCCCAUGCGUAAUGUUGGAUGUGGAGAAAUGUUGCGUAAUGUUGGAUGUGGAAAAACGUGUGCUUAACCCCCCCAGCGUAAAUAAACACUUUUACAGUAAAUUGUUAGGUUGGUUGGUAAUUUUUUUUUUAUUUUGGUCCAACACACAUGCAUGUACACAUUAAUUAAAAUCGUAUUUCAAAAUCUGCCAAUAACAUGCCUGUAGACUGUGCAUUACAUUUCAAUGAGUUGAUGGCUGCUCACAGUAGUUCUUCAUACUCUGUAACAUAUGACACGAUUUUUAAAACUACAUGCACAUGGUAUUCAGAUAUUAAUAAUUGAAAAAAGAAUUUGAUAAAGUUUAAUGAGUUGGUUGCACUACAAAAAAUCAACAUAUUUACAUUAAGAAAUUUUAUCAAUGGGAAAAAUGGACAAUGUAUAGUACAUCUUUAUACUCUCUAGACCCGUCAUUCUUAAACAGUAUCUCAUAAAUAUAUACAUAAACAAGUCACAAGGCAUGGAAUACAGUUCACAUUACUAAUUCUCAGUAUGGUCACCUGAAUUUAAUCUUGCCAAAAUGCUCUAGAAAUGUCAGAUCACCUGUAAUAUUGUAAACAAGGCACUGUACGCUAAUCUUAAUCUGUAGUGUUGAUAGUACCAAUUUAUACAGUAAGCUGUUAAAAAUUACAUGUAAUUAUGUUUUCUGUCCCUUUAAGAAAGCUUAUCUUGAUAGAUUGAUGUGAAUAUAUAGAAUUCAGAAACUUAGAAAAAUGUAUUUGCAAUCAUUGAUACAUGGACCAAUAGCCCUGAAUGUUAAAUGUGUAUACAUAACCUGGUUAUUUUCAACCUCUGUACUCUAAUGACUACAUGGAGCAAUAUGAAAAGCAGACAUUGAUUUAGGAAUUAUGUUAAAAUUUCCAACUCUUGAAAUUCACCUUAAAAGGUACCAAAUUGUCACCAAUUUGGUUUUAUUUUCUGUGUUGGAUGAAGAACUUGCUGAAAAACUCCAAAGCAUUCCUUUUGAAACACUACCAAAGACAGUGUGAUUACAGAUAAAUGGUGUUCGAGUUACUCAUUGGUAAAGAGUGUUGAAUUUUGUGAUGAUGUUCAGCUCUGUAAGAUAAAUGUAUAUUAUAUGGUUUGUGUUGUUUUAUGGCUCAAAUUAUUGCUUGAUAUAUGUAGAAAAUAAAAAUAUAACAACACUGUUA